AUGUUCUCGCUAGGCUCUUUAUUCCAGAGCCUCCCUCUGAAGCUCACCGCAGAGCAGUGCGAGGGCCGCACAUUCAUCGUGACCGGAGCCAACUCGGGCCUCGGCCUAGCAUGCUCCCAGCGCCUCGUCCAGCUGGGCGCCGCCCGCGUGGUCAUGGCGGUGCGCAACCUCGACAGCGGCAAGGCGGCCAAGCAAUCCAUCGACGCGGCCGUCCCUAACCACAAAACCGCCAUCCUCGUCUGGCACGUUGACUACGCCUCACACGACAGCGUCAGGGACUUUGCGAAGAAGGUCGAGGCGGAGCUCGACCGCGUCGAUGGGCUGGUCGCCAACGCGGGCGUGAGCAUGCACCACUGGCAGGAGGCGGAGGGCCUCGAGUCGAACCUGACAGUCAACGUCGUCUCGAACAUGCUGCUCGUUGUGCUGCUCCUCCCCUUCAUGGAGAAGUGCGCCAAGAGGCUCGAGAUCACCCCGACAGUUUCCGUCGUUGGGAGCAUGAGCGGCUUCUACGCUCACGAUGCCCUCUUCAAGGCGGACAUGGAGGAUAUAUUCAAUGAUCUCAACGAUCAGAAGAAGUGGGAGGAUACCAUGGUGAGCCGAUAUUCUGUUUCCAAGUUAAUACUGCACUUCGCAGCCCGCGAGCUCGCCUUCCGCAAACCCGUGGACCACUCCAGGGUCAUCAUCAACAUCGUCAAUCCCGGCCUCUGCAAGACCAACCUCUUGCGCGACGCGAGCGCCAUGCUGCGCUUCAACCUCAGCAUCGCGAAGCUCAUCGCGGGCCGCAGCUCGGAAGAAGGCAGCCGGACUCUGCUCCACGGAGUCGCCGCGGGCGAAGAGAGCCACGGAAAGUACUUGUCCGAGUGCGAAAUAAAGGAAGACUCCGUCCCCGACUGGAUCAAGAGCGGCGAAGGCCCUACUUGGCAGACUGCGAUCUGGGAACAGCUGGCUCAGAGGCUGGAGGAGAUCCAGCCCGGAUGUGUUACUCAGGCCUUGAGUGUAUAG